AUGGCGCCCAAGCUCGUGAAAAGGAUCACGCUCUUCAAGGUGCCCAAGGAAGAAGACAUCGACGCCAUUCUCGCCCAGUACGAGGUGCUGCGAGCCACGGCAGAAAAGGAUGGGCGGCCGUACAUUGUCUCGAACGAGGCGAAUCGCGUCCUCAACACUGCGGAAGAACGGAGCCAGGGCUACACGCUGGUCGCGGUGACCACGUUCAAGUCGAGAGAGGAUGUUGAAUACUACGACAAGCAAUGCUCGGCGCACAAGAAGGUCAGAGAGUUUAUCGCACCCAGGCGAACCGGGUUCGCCACUCUGCAUUAUGAGAGCGAACUGGGGGCGUAG